GUGAACAACGAGUUCAACCCAUCUGCGAGCCCAGUCUUCCCACCCAGAUAUGGCCCCUGUUGCACGCUUCCGCUUCCAUGCCCUCCGUCGAUACAGUAGCAUCUCAACAUGCCCGACUACAUCCACAGCCGCUCUCGCCUUUGACAUGGAUGGCGUCCUAAUUCGCGGUGGAAGGGCGAUCCCAAGUGCCCAUCGUGCAUUGCAAAAGUUGAAGGGUGAUAACCCAUUGAAUAGAGAAAUUCCAUUCAUUAUUUUAACGAAUUCAGGCGGAGAAUCAGAAGCUAGUAAAGCUCAUAAAUUAACCCAAAAGCUCGGUAUUGAGAUCCAUCCAUCGCAAAUCGUUCUAUCCCAUUCACCGAUGCGUCACCUGGCACCCCAAUACAAGAACAAAUUGGUCCAUGUUGUCGGACCUGAUGAGUGUAAAAAUGUUGCACAAUCCUAUGGAUUCAGCGAUGUGGUAACGUCCAAGGAAAUGAAGGCGUUCGAUAAAAGCAUGUGGCCAUAUCGCUCUGUUGGGGACGAAGUGGACGACACGCAAUGUCCUUACGAUCUAUCCCAAACUCCCAUAUCCGCCACCCUCAUCUUCCACGAUCCAAUAGACUGGGGCCUCGACAUCCAACUCAUCACCGAUACACUCGCCUCUCAAUCUGGAUUAAUUACAACACGCCAACCGUCUCGUCCCUACUCCCAAUCUACACCCUUGUACUCCUCGAAUGCGGAUUUUCAGUGGAGUAAUGAAUGGCCGUGGCCGCGGUACGGUCAAGGCGCGUUCGUGACUGCCUUGAAUGCAGUCUGGAAAAGAUUGAGCGGAAACCCGCUUGUCAUUGAGAAACAAUUUGGAAAACCCUCAUCUCCCACGUAUGAGUUUGCUGAAAAGAUGUUGAGUGCCGCUGCGGGUGUAGAGGUCAAAAAGGUGUAUAUGGUCGGGGAUAACCCGGAUUCAGACAUUGCCGGGGCAAAUCUUCAUGGAUGGGUUGGCAUUCUUGUAAAGUCGGGUGUAUACAGGGACGGAAUGCCAUUAACCAAAAAGAACAAGCCACAAGUGAUUGUUCAGGAUGUCGGUGAGGCUGUUGAUUGGGUGUUGAGGCAAGAAGGAGUUCUCAGAUAAACUCCGAAUAACUUGCACAACAAUCGCCUCACAACUUGACUGCUUAUAGAAUAUCACUGAUGAAUGCCAAGAAAUAGGAAAAGGCAGUCCGUAAAUCUAUUUCGCAUAGCAUGUCUACAGUAUUUAGAAAGAAGGUAAAAAAAAAGUAACCUAAAGUACCAGAAGGGGAUCUACUCUAUAAAACCGUAAUAACUAUUUAAGUACAACUGGAUA